AUGGGGAGCCUGAAGGAAGAGCUGCUCAAGCCCAUCUGGCACGCCUUCACCGCCCUCGACGUGGACAAGAGCGGCAAGGUCUCCAAGUCCCAGCUCAAGGUGCUUUCUCAUAACUUGUGUACCUUGCUGAAUGUUCCGCAUGACCCAGUAGCCCUGGAAGAGCAUUUUAGGGAUGAUGAUGAAGGGCCUGUUUCCAAUCAGGGUUAUAUGCCUUAUUUAAACAGAUUCAUCUUGGAAAAGGUUCAAGGAAACUUUGACAAAGUUGAAUUUAAUAAAAUGUGUUGGACUCUGUGUGCCAAGAAGAACCUCCCAAAGAGCCCCUUGCUUCUUACUGAUGAUGAUGCUUUUAAAGUGUGGGUCAUCUUCAAUUUCCUAUCUGAGGACAAAUAUCCACUAGCUAUUGUACCUGAAGAGAUUGAAUACCUGCUUAAGAAGCUUGCAGAAGCUAUGGGAUCAGGGUGGCACCAAGAGCAGUUUGAACAUUACAAGAUCAGCCUGGAUGCCAAUCGGGAAGGCCUUUCUGCCUGGGAACUGAUUGAGCUCAUUGGAAGUGGUUGGUUCAGUAAAGGGAUGGAUAGACAAACAGUAUCUAUGGCAAUUAAUGAAGUCUUCAAUGAACUUAUAUUAGAUGUCUUGAAACAGGGCUAUAUGUGGAAAAAGGGCCACAGAAGGAAAAACUGGACAGAACGUUGGUUUGUGCUAAAACCCGGUAUUAUUUCAUACUAUGUGAGUGAAGAUUUAAAAGACAAAAGAGGAGACAUUUCACUGGAUGACAACUGUAGCGUAGAGGCCUUGCCUGACAAAGAUGGAAAGAAAUGCCUCUUCCUUAUAAAAAGUUUAGAGAAAUGUUUUGAGAUUAGUGCUUCUGAUAAGAAGAAGAAGCAGGAGUGGAUACAAGCCAUUCAAACAACUGUAAAUCUGCUAAGGCUAGGUAAACCUCCACUUCACAAAGAGGCUCGCCAGAAACGGAAAGCAUUGCGCCAGAAACUGCAGGCUGAACAAGAGGAACUGGAGAGGCAAAUGAGAGAACUCCAAGUGGCAAAUGAAAACAAACAGAAGGAGCUGGAGACCGUCAGAAAGCAACUUGAAGAAGCAGCUGCUCGAGCUUCAGAAGAGGAGAAGAAGCGCCUGAAGACUCAAAUGGAAUUGCAGGACCGAUUCAGUCUUGAGCUGGAGAGAGAGAAAAUGGUAAGACAGAAAAUGGAGGAGCAAGUUGCUCAGAAGUCAUCUGAGCUGGAACAGUAUUUACAGAGAGUCCGGGAACUUGAGGAAAUGUAUAAUCAACUACAGGAAGCUUUGGAGGAAGAAAAACAAGCACGUCAAGAUGAGGAGACUGUCAGGAGACUUCAGGCCAGGCUGUUGGAGGAGGAAUCAGCCAAGAGGGCAGAGUUGGAGAAGUGGCACUUAGAACAGCAGCAGACUAUUCAGAUGACAGAAGCAGAGAAGCAGGAACUGGAAAACCAGGGAAUGAUCAAGGAACAUGCUCUUCAGGUUGCUAUGGAACAGUUGGAACAACUGGAACUGGAAAGAAAACAAGCUCUUGAACAGUAUGAGGGGGUAAAAAGGAAGCUGGAGUUGGCGACAAACAAUACCAAGAGCUGGAAAGAUAAAGUAGCUCACCACGAGGGAUUAAUCCGAUUAAUUGAACCAGGGUCCAAGAACCCUCACUUGAUCACAAACUGGGGCCCAGCAGCCUUCACUGAAGCAGAACUCGAGCAAAGAGAGAAGAGCUGGAAGGGGAAAAGGAGCUCUCCUGACCAAUGAAGAAGGCUGAAACACCCUGUGAGGAAG